UAUUUCAUCUCUCAUUAAAGUGGCUAUUAAUAGAGAGGAAAUCACAAUUCUUUAACAAGAGGAAAAAUUAGUGUUAAUUUAAAACGAGUGCCAUUUAAUUAAGUCUAUUAUUUCUAUCCAUGUAACUAAUUAUUAGUGAUCAAAGCAAUUACACCAAUGCGCUUAGGAUAAAUCUUUUUAAAAAGUAAUCUAUUUUAUUCCAACAUAUCAUUUCAAAUCAAAUCAAAAACAUAAUAAUCUUCAUCUAAAAUUUAAAGCAUUUUGCGUGCCACUGAAUUUUGAUAUCAUUUUUAACUAGUCAUCGAAAAUUUAGGGAACACAUCUCUGUGCAUCCGCAUAGCAGUUUCACACCAAUGCAAAUUUCUUGACAUUUUGUAUCUGUUUUAGACAUUUCUUCUCGUAUUCUUUUUUUAGCUACUUCGACAGAUAUUCAAGUCUGCAAAGGAGAAGCAGACGUUGUGUUAUUACUUGAUCGAUCAGGUUCCGUCGGUGAUGCGGACUACCCUUUUUUGAUUGGUUUUGCUCUCCACCUUGCUGCAACUUUUAACAUUAGCGAGGAUCAAGUACGUUUUGGUGUUGCCAGUUACGCAACAACUGCCAAGCGCGAAAGCAACUUAGAUGUUUUUGGCUUUGAAAACUUUAAAGCCAAGGCAAUACAGUUUGGUAGAGACACCGAAGAGCUUACAAACAUCGAGGCUGGUUUAAUCGUGGCAAAGGAUAUGUUGUUUGAUACAAGCCGAGGGGCUAGAGAAAAUGCCGUCAAAUUGAUUGUUGUCACUAAUGACGGACCAGCAAAUAGAGGAAGCCCCCCGCAAGCUGAAGCAGACAGAAUUCACGCACUGAACAUCAGCGUAGUAAGCAUUGGUAUUGAAGCAGAUGUAGCGCCACCCAACAACGUGGAAUCUUCCGGACUUGCUUCAUCACCAGAAUUGUAUUACUACAUACCUAAAUACACAUCAUUAAAUGACACAACGUUUUUGGAAAAAGUCACAGAAUCUGUUUGCGAAGUUGUCACUGUCAAUGCACCAAAAGUUCAAGAUACUGAAACCUCGAUCCCAGAAGACACACCAAUUGGCACCUAUAUCCACACUAUUCCAUUCGAAGCAGAGGAAUUAAAUGUCCCUGUCUUUACUAUGGCUCCAAACACUAACGUACCAUUUGCUGUUGGAACUUCUGAUGGCAAAAUCACUACCACUCAAACCUUAGAUUUUGAACUAGUACAACAGUAUGUUUUCUUGGUUCGUCUGACAGACACCGUUAUUCCUGGCUUUUUUCAGGAUAUAAAAGUUACUGUUAACAUUACAGACAUUAACGACAAUGCUCCUAUUGCUACACAAGUUGAAUACUUGAUAAGAGUUCGCGAAGAUGAAGUAUUUAGUCCCGCAACUAAAGUACUUGAUGUAUUAGUUUCUGACGCUGAUUCCGGGGACAACGGUAAGCUGGCGUUCACAAUCAAGUCAGGAAAUAGCGAAGGCAGAUUCCGGCUAGAGAACUCUGGUGGAUUGUAUCUUAUUGCUCAGCUUGACAGAGAAACAACGGCUGAGUACGAACUCAUUGCUUUCGCUUCAGAUAAAGGCCCAACUCCAAAGGUAUCAGCCGAUAUUAAGAUUACCAUCAUCGUUUUAGACGUAAAUGAUAACCCACCUGCUUUCCCACAAAGUGAUAUUAAUCUCGACUUUCCAGAAAACCAAGCUUUAGGAAAUCUUUAUCAUGCGAUUGCGACAGAUAUCGAUGAUGGAUCAAACAGUAUCAUCAAAUACACAAUAUUUUCUGGUAAUGAAGAAAAUAAAUUUGACAUUGAUGAAGUAAGUUACUUUUCUUCAGUAAAUUUUACUACUGGUUACAUCAGCCUGAUCAGUUCAUUUGACUUCGAAUCCACGACUAGUUACACUUUGAAAAUUAAAGCAACCGACUCAGGUGUCGUAAAACAGUACGCUUAUCUUACAAUAAACAUUGCUAUCACCAAUGUCGACGAGGAGCUGACAAUCAACGGACCGUAUUCUUAUCAAAUGCCUGAAAACUUCCAAAAAGGGCUUAAUUUUUUAACUGUUACUGCUUCUGAUCCCGAUGGUGAAGCUAUUACUUUCAAGAUUGAAGAAGAAUCGCCAUUCUUUAUUGGAGCCUCGUCAGGUCAAAUGGUCCUUACUGGUACAAUAGACAGGGAAGGUCCACAAUUUAUUUAUGUUCUGACAAUAAAGGCAACUGCAGGAGCACAUACUGUAAGCACAACAGUAACUAUUACUGUUACCGAUGUUAACGACAAGGUUCCAAAGUUUACUCAAACGCAGUAUUCAGCCUCCAUAAGCGAGGAUGCCGCAUUAGGUGACACUUUGGUCCUCCAAAAUUCAAUAGAAGCCGAAGAUGAAGAUGCAACAUCGCCAAACAAUCAAGUCAAAUUUGUAUUUUUACAGAAUCAUAAAGAUGCUUUUAAAAUUGAUUCGGUAAGAUUAAACAAUAAUAGCAUUUUGAACUGGUUAUUAACUUGUCUUUGGUACAUAUCAUAUGCUAACUUUUCUGCCAUUUUUUAUUGCGCCACCGGCGUUAUUUCUGUUAAUAAUCCAUCCGAUAUCGACUUCGAGCAAGAAGCUAGUUUCACCCUUUUCCUAAAAGUUAUUGAUGAAGGGACACCGUCGCUUCAAGGCAUUACGACAGUGACUGUUUCCGUAGGGAAUGUCAAUGACAACUCACCAGUUUUUACUUCAUCAUUUUAUUCACAGACAAUUUCAGAGGGAACAGCUCUAAACGUAGGUGUAUUGCAAGUGCGGGCAACCGAUGCUGAUGGAGAAUCACUGACUUAUUCAGUUCCAGCUGGUCUCUCGUUUAGUAUCAACUCUGCUUCAGGUCAAAUCUACGUGUCUAAAGAGCUCGAUAUCGAGACACAAGAAAAACAUACGUUUCAAGUAACAGUAAGCGAUGGCAAACACAAAGUGACAGCGAACGUGGAAAUAAAAUUGACUGACAUAAAUGAUGUGCAGCCCGAUUUUGUGCUUGCGGGUCCAUAUGAGUUCAAUGUUAAUGACGAUGUAGCUGUUGGAUACGCCGUCGCUCAAUUACAGGCAAACGAUGGAGAUAAAACAGCACCAAACAAUGUAUUUGACAUCACAAUUCAGUCUGGAAACAACGGAGGGGCGUUUGCCAUUGACUCUAAAACGGGUAUCUUAACUGUUAAGACAUCGCUCGAUGCAAAUCUAAAAAGUGUUUACGACAUGGUAAUCAGAGUUGAAGAUCGUGGAAUACUUCCUGGAUCAUUAUAUAAGGAAAUCAAUGUCAAAAUCAAUGUUGCUCUUGUCAACUUGCACGCACCAAAGUUUGUGGGAGGGCCACAUGUUAUCAACAUUGAUGAGAAUAUUGCAAGUGCUCACAUAGUGAAGUUACAGGUGGAAGAUAGUGAUUCUGAUGAUGCUUUAGUAUUCUCACUAACCAACCACAAUGACUUAUUUGCCAUCGACUCCACUGGAACUAUCACUUCAAAGCUGGCCUUUGAUUCAGAGGCCCAGUUUGUGUACAUGCUAAAAGCCAGAGUCACCGAUCGUGGUUUGCUAUUUGCUGAAACUACUAUUACCAUAAAUAUCAACGAUCUUAAUGAUGUAUCACCACUGUUUAUCACCGGUCCGAGUUCAUUCCCACUUCUUAAAGAAGAUAAACCGAUUGGAAGUUUACUUGGAGUAUAUGAGGCUACUGAUGGAGACAGAACUUCUCCCAAUAAUUUAGUCGAGUACUCCAUCAGUGGGGGUAGUGGAAUAGAUGUAUUCACAAUUGACAAGGUAACCGGAGAAUUAAAAAUUGCCAAACAACUAGAUUUUGAAACAGACCUAGAUUAUUCUUUACAAAUUCGUGCAACAGACAAAGGUAUCCCAUCACUUUAUUCCGAAACGUCGGUUGAAAUUGGAAUAACCAAUGUUAAUGAACACGAUCCUGUGUUCAAUCCAGCUUCCUAUGAAGAGAAUGUAUUGGAAACUCAACAGGAAGCGUUUCAUGUCCUUACUGUAUCUGCUACAGACGCUGACGCAGACUCUGUUGUCACGUAUUCGAUUCCAAGUGGCUUACCAUUUGCUAUUGAUCAAAAUGGUGAAUUGACAUUAAAAUCUCUAAACCCUGGUCAAUUACCGUUAGAUUAUGAAACUCAAACAAAAUACGAGUUUUACAUCACUGCAACUGAUAAUGGUGGUAGAUCUUCCACAGCUGCUGUUAUAGUUAACGUUCUUGAUGUAAAUGACAAUACACCAACUUUUGUUGUUCCAUCAAAAGUUGUCGACGUAUCCGAAGAUGAAGAAGUUAAUUCGAUUGUAGCUACUGUAUCAGCGUCUGACCCAGACUCCGGAUUGAAUGGUAUGGUAACAUAUGAAAUAAUUGAUGGAAACUUGGAAGAAAAAUUCCAAAUUAAUCAGGUGUGUUUUUUUUCUUUACAUUACUACAUUUUGCCUUUUUUUUCUAGUAAUACAAAUUAUUUCUGCUCUCAGGAAACUGGGGAUAUAAGCUUGGUAAAGGCAUUAAAUUUCGAAACAACACCACAGUAUGUUUUGACCAUACGAGCAACAGAUAAAGGAACACCAAAAAGAUUUACCACCAGUGGAACACAUGGCCAAGUCACAAUUAAUGUUAUUGAUGUCAAUGAAAAGCCAGUCUUUCCUCACGUUUCAUUCACAGAAGACAUUCCAGAAAAUGCUAAAACUUCAUCACCUGUUAUAAUGGUCACUGCCAAUGAUCCCGAUUCGGGUCUUAACAAAAUGAUCGAAUAUUCUAUUGUUAGUGGUAACAAUGGCGAUAAGUUCACAAUUGAUACUACUACUGGAUUAAUCACCUUGAAAAAUCUAUUAGACUUUGAAAAUGUUAAACAAUAUAUCAUCACUGUGCGAGCAUCAGACAAAGGAACACCUAGUUUAGAUACAACUGGGAAUGAUGCUACUGUUACCAUCAACGUUAUUGAUGUCAAUGAAAAACCUGUAUUUGAUCCAAAAGAAUACUCAAGUGUAAUUCCAGAAUUAACCACUGUCUUAAGUGAAGUAGUUACUGUUACAGCUACUGACCCUGAUAAUGGAGACGCUGGCAUGAUCGUAUACUCUAUUAUAUCUGGAGACGACAAUGGAGAUUUUAGUGUUGAUGAAGUAACAGGUAAAAUUACAGUUGCAAAAACAUUGGACUUUAACACAAAAUCAUCAUAUACCUUGACAGUACGAGCAACUGAUAAAGGAACCCCAGUUCAAGAUUCUUCACCUAUGGAUGCCACAGUUGUCAUCACUUUGACUGAUGAUAACAACAAUGCUCCUAUUUUUAAUCCAGAACAAUAUACAAAGACAGUAUCUGAGUCAACUCUUGUUAAUGAACUGAUUAUCAAAGUUUCAGCAACAGAUGGUGAUACAGGCAGUAAUGCAGAGAUAGUGUACAGUAUCGUUGAUGGAAACAUAAAUAGUAUAUUUGAAAUCGAUGUUACAACCGGCGAAAUAUUUUUGGCGCAAAAUCUUGACUUUGAAAGUACUUCGUCUUACACCUUAACAGUACUUGCAACAGAUAAAGGAAGUCCAUCACUACAAUCCAAUCCCAACGCUACUGUUACCAUUACAGUAUCGAAUGUAAAUGAGCACGCGCCAGUCAUUACCAACCUCCCAACUAUGGUGAAUAUUCCAGAAGGAAAAGCUCCUGGAUACAACGUGUUUAAAGUAGAAGCCACGGACAGAGACACAGGUGACACAAUAGUCUUCUCCAUUUCAGAUGGACCAUUUUUGAUUGAACCUUUAACUGGCAUGAUCACAACAACGAAGAGACUGGAUAGAGAGGAUGUUGCAUCUUACACCAUAACCGUUACUGCAUCAGAUGGAAAGUUAACUGAUCAAGAAGAAUUAACAGUAACUGUUACUGACAUCAAUGAUAAUGCGCCAGUGUUUACUGUAAAGGAUGUCAAAGUCACUGUUGCAGAGGACAAGCCAGUUAAUGAGGAAAUUACAACAGUGAAAGCUACAGAUGGUGAUAUUGGUAGCAAUUCAAUGAUUAUGUAUUCGUUAGUGAACGGCAACGCUGAAGAGAAAUUUAAAAUUAAUGAGAAUACUGGUGUUAUCUCAAUACGUAACAAUCUGGAUUUUGAAACAACAACUCAGUAUACCCUUGUGGUAAAAGCAACUGAUAAGGGUCCAGAACCUAUGAGCGAGAAAGCCACUGUGACCAUUACUGUGACAGAUGUGAAUGACAACAAACCUAUUUUUGACCCAGUAGAUGAUAUAACUCUUCCUGAAGAUGCUACACCUAAAGUAAUAACCACUGUUCAUGCCAAAGAUGCUGAUUCUGGUGAAAAUGGAAAUGUUAUGUACACCUUUGUACUCGGAAACGAAGAAGGGAAAUUUUCCUUAGAUAUGGCUACUGGAGAAUUAUCUUUAAUUGGAACGUUAGAUUUUGAAAUGGUGAAAAUAUACAAGCUUGUUAUUCGAGCUACCGAUAAAGGUACGCCGGCUUUAACAUCUGAACCCAACGACGCCGUUGUCAAUAUUAUGGUUACAGAUAUUAAUGAUAAUGAUCCAAUAUUAAACCCAAGUGACUACAUGAAGACGAUAUCCGAGGGAAGUACUACUGGGUCUGAUGUGGUCACCGUAGUAGCAACCGAUGCUGAUUCUGGGGACAAUGGAAAAUUUAUGUUCACAAUUGAAGAUGGAAACAAUGCUGAAGAGUUCAGUAUUAACAUGGAUACAGGCGUUAUCAGCGUGGCAAAACCACUGGAUCGUGAAACAAAAGACUCCUACACAUUGACUGUAAAGGUAACUGAUAAAGGCGAAAAUCCAAGAUUAACAACUGGAACAGUGGUUGUAAAAAUUUCUGAUGAAAAUGACAACCAUCCUGUCUUCCAACCUGACCAAUAUGAGGAAUCGAUUAAAGAGGAUACUGCCAGUGGGACCACAGUUGUGACUGUCACAGCCACAGACGCAGACAUUGGCGAUAAUUCAAAGAUUAUGUACAGCAUAGCGAGUGGAGCAGAGAAAAAGUUUGGUAUUGAUAUGACAAGUGGAGAAAUAAUUCUGAUCGGCACUCUAGACUACGAAACAGUUACAAAAUAUACACUUUACGUAGAAGCAACAGAUAAAGGCGAUCCAUCUCUUUCAUCAAGUGUUACUGUUAUUAUAAAUGUUAUCGAUGUUAACGAUAACAACCCAAUAUUUGAUCCCGUCAAGUACCCAACUACUAUUUCGGAGAGUGCGAAUGUUGGGUACGCAGCUGUAACUGUUACAGCCACCGAUAUUGACUCUGGAAGCAAUGGUCAGAUUAUGUAUUCCAUUACAAGUGGGAAUGAAAAUGAGAUAUUUGCAAUUGACAUGACAACCGGAUUAAUUUCGCUUGCCAAGCAAGUUGAUUUUGAAACACAAACCAUGCAUACCUUAACAGUACGUGCAACAGACAAAGGCCAACCGGCUAGGCAUUCAAUCACUGAUGCAACUGUCAAAGUGUCCGUAACUAACGCAAACGACCAUCCACCAGUCAUACAAAACGAACCCUACAAUCCAUCUAUUAAUGAAAAUGUCGCAAUUGGAGAGUCAGUGACAACUAUUGUAGCAACUGAUACUGAUGGUGAUGACAUUGUUUUUUCGAUCACAUCAACAAAUGUUCCAUUUACAAUUGAUACUGCUACUGGUAAAAUCACCACAACUGGUGACAUUGACCGCGAAACAAAAGACAAAUAUUCUAUUGCUGUGGUUGCAUCCGAUGGUAAAAACACUGAUGAAACAGUAGUAAUGGUGACAAUUAAUGAUGAAAAUGACAACUCUCCUGAAGUUUCCGACAUUUCUGAAUCUUUCCCAGAAGAUCAAGCGGUUAACACUAUGCUUGUAACUGUAGUUGGAACCGAUAAAGAUGCUGGUUUGAAUGGACAAGUCAUGUACAGUAUAACAAAUGGAAAUGACGAUAAAGUCUUUGAAAUAGACAUGAACAAUGGAAAUAUCAAAUUAAUUGCACCUUUUGAUUUUGAAAACAUGAAACACUAUUCCCUUGAAAUUACCACAGCUGACAAAGGCACCCCAUCAAGGGUUACAAAAAGCAAAGUGGAUAUUGCGAUCACUGACGUCAAUGACAAUUCUCCCAUCUGUGUCGAUCAAACAGUAUCUAUUCCAGAAGAUAGAACAGCUCCAAACGGUGUUGUGACUACCGUAACGGCUACAGAUGCGGACUCUGGUAGUAAUGGAGAAGUAAUGUUUUCUAUUACUAAUGGGGGUCAAGGCAAAUUUGUAAUUCAUGAGACGUCUGGAUUAAUCACCGUUGCAAUGGCACUCGAUUAUGAAACGACAACACAAUAUAUUCUUACAAUAGCAGUUUCUGAUAAGGGAAAUCCCCAGCAAUCCACAACAUGUACUGUAACAAUAAACAUCGAAGAUGUCAAUGACAAUUACCCCAAAUUUAAUCCAGACGCCUACAUGCAAACUAUCUUAGAAACAACAGCCAAAGAUUCUAUCGUGGAAACUGUAAAAGCGACCGAUAAAGAUUCUGGAUCAAAUGCUGUCAUAAUGUACAAGAUUGUGAGUGGAAACAAGGAUGCGACCGAUGAUGGAAACGACGACUUUGUUAUCAAUCCAGUAACAGGUGAAAUCAGUGUUGCCGGUCCACUUGACGCUAGCACUCCAAAAUAUAUACUUGAAAUUGCCGCUAUGGACUCAGGUACUCCAGGCAAAACAUCGCAAGUAAAUGCCUUCGUUACAAUUAUGAUCACAAACGUGAACAUUCCUCCAUACUUUACAAACACGCCAUUUGAUAAAGCUAUUCCAGAAAAUACUCCCUCGAAGACUGUCGUGAAUACCAUCACAGCUUCUGAUAUCGAUGGUGACAAGCUAACAUUCACAUUGGCUACGUUGGGUACUCCAUUUGUCAUUGAUCCUGAAACAGGAAUACUUACAACAUCUGGACCAUUGGACAGAGAAAAUAACCCUGAAUAUACCCUUACAGUAAAUGUAAAUGACGGCGAAGCUACCGUUGGUAACACAUUCGUUAUUCGUGUUUUGGAUUUUAAUGAUAAUGAACCCGUCUUCAAUCAGCCGUCAUAUGAGAAAACUUUGCCAGAGGAUUAUUUAACGAAUCAAGUAUUCUUAACCGUAGAAGCUACUGAUAUCGAUGAAAACGAAAAUUCCAAAAUUAUGUACACAAUUACAGGCGGAAACACAGAAAACAAAUUUGAAAUUAAUAUGGUUAGUAUAAACACUGUAAAUAGCGGAGAAAUUUCACUAAGAAACCAAUUGGAUUACGAGACAACAAAAUCCUACAAUCUAAUUGUAACAGCGACAGACAAAGGUGCUUCGCCAUUAUCGACUGACAUCAAUGUCUACAUCUAUGUGACGGACGUGAACGAUAAUGAUCCUGUUUUUGACCCAGCUGUAUACAAUGCCACAUUCUCCGAGAAUGUGAUCAAUGGAACUGUAUGCGCCACCGUGGUCGCUACCGAUGCUGAUGAUGGUGAGAAUAAAGACAUAAUGUACACUAUUGUUGGUGGCAACCAAGAAAACAAAUUUACUAUUGAUAUGAACACAGGUGUGAUUACAUUUAUCGAUACUGUUGACUUUGAAGUUACCCAAAUGUAUACGCUAAUCGUGAAAGCAACAGACAAAGGAAAGGAACCAAGAAGUUCAAACCCAGACGCUAUUGUAAAAAUUACAAUCACGGAUGAGAACGAUAACGCUCCGGUAUUUAAUCCAAUGAUGUAUGAAAAGUCUGUAUCAGAAAGUGAAGAAUCUGGAUUUGUUGUAGAUAUAGUAAAAGCGACAGAUGCUGAUAGUGGAACAAACGGAAUGAUUAUGUUCACCAUCACAGCUGGUAAUGAAGACGACAAAUUUACAAUUGACGAGAUUAGUGGAGUGAUUUCUUUGAAAAAUCGACUGGACUUCGAGACAACAAAAAUGUACACAAUCAAAGUACGUGCUACUGACAAAGGUAUGCCAGCUCAAUAUUCCAAUCCUGAUGCGACAAUCAAAAUUACAGUGACAAAUAGCAACGAUAACACACCAGAAAUUAAAAAUGAGCCGUACGCACCUGAAAUUGUAGAAAAUGUGCCAGUAGGGACCACCGUGAUAACUGUCGUAGCUACCGACGCCGAUAGUGACACUUUAUACUUUAACAUUACAACACCGAAUGUUCCAUUUACAAUCGACCACGAAACAGGCGUUGUUACCACCACAGCAAUGAUCGAUAGAGAGCAUAAAGAGAGCUAUACAUUUACAGUGGUUAUAACUGAUGGCAAAAACACUGAUGAAACAACUGUCACAGUUACAAUUAAAGAUGAAAAUGACAAUGCACCUGUAGUACCAGAUAUUACAAAAAUUAUUUCAGAAGGACAACCCAAGCAAUCUGUUGUAGUAACCGUUGAAGCUACAGAUGAAGACGCUGGAGUAAACAGCGAGGUUAUGUACGAAAUUAUUGCAGGAAAUGAAGACGAAGUAUUUUCAAUCAACAUGGUUACCGGAGAAGUUACUUUACUUAAAGAACUUGACUUUGAAACAACAACCUCUUAUACUCUUACGAUUAAAACAACUGAUAAAGGGAAUAAUCCAAAAGAUACGAUCAGCAAAGUAACAAUUAAUGUCAAAGACGAAAAUGAUAACAAACCAGAAGCUGAAGAUCUCACUAAGUCUGUUCCAGAAGAUAUUAAAACUGGUGAAGUAAUCACAACCGUAACAGGUUCUGAUAAAGAUUCAGGUGUCAACGCUGAAAUCAUGUACGAAAUCACAAAUGGCGAUGAUGGACAUUUCCAAAUUAAUAUGACAACUGGCGAAAUAAUCGUUGUGAAAGAACUCGACUAUGAAACUGUGAAACAAUACAGACUGACUGUAAAAAUAACAGACAAAGGAUCGCCAUCCCAAUCUACUACAAUAACUGUUACUGUUGACGUAGAAGACAAGAACGAUAACAAGCCAAUGUUCGUUCCAGCAACUUACAUGCAAACUAUUCAAGAAACGUUCCCAAUUAGUGAUGUUGUUGUGACAGUCAAGGCUGAAGAUGCAGACUCCGGCUUAAAUGGUAUGAUAAUGUAUGCAAUUGUGGGUGGCAAUAAAGAUGCUACCAAUGAUAAUGUGGAUGACUUUGCCAUUGACGCUACCACUGGGGAAAUAAAGGUCGUAAGUAAACUUGACGCCAACACGCCAAAAUAUGUCUUAGAGAUAUCGGCUACUGAUAAAGGAUCAAAUUCCUUAACAUCAAUGCCCCAUGCCACUGUCACUAUCAUGAUCACUAACGUUAAUGUUCCACCAAAGUUUAUUAACUUACCAUACGAUAAAGACGUAAUGGAGAAUACGCCAGUUAACACUGUUGUUCAAACAGCUACUGCAACUGAUGCUGACGAUCAACCAUUAACAUACGCCAUUACAACACCUAACCUUCCUUUUAACAUUAACCCAACUACUGGUGAAAUCUCUGUUUCUCAACCACUGGAUCGAGAAACAACAGAUUCUUAUACUUUCACAGUUAGCGUAACAGACAGCGAGGCUACCGUAACAACGACAGUUGUAUUUACAAUAAAAGAUGCUAACGAUAAUGCACCCAUGUUUACGAAACCUACUUACAAGAAAAUACUUCCUGAAGACACCCUUACCGAUCAAGUUGUAGUUACUGUGGAAGCGAAAGAUAUAGACAUUGGCGAUAACAAAUUAUUUAUGUUUAGUAUCACAGGUGGUAACGAAGAAGAAAAAUUUGAGAUUGAUAUGAUAAACGGCGAAAUCAAGUUGAUCAAGGCUUUAGAUUUCGAAACAACACAAUCUUAUGAACUGACCGUAAUGGCUAUCGACAAAGGCAACCCCCCACAAUCAUCAUAUGUAAAAGUAUACAUUACUGUUACAGAUAUAAAUGACAACCUGCCAGUUUUUAAACCUGCUACUUACAGCAAGAUUUUCCCAGAAGAUGUUACUAAAGGAACACCUGUUGUUACAGUGACAGCCACAGACAAAGACAGUACCAGUAAUGGUCAAAUCAUGUAUACCAUUAUCAACGGAAAUGCAGACGAUAAAUUUGAAAUUGAUAUGGUAAUUAGACAAAAUAUUAUUAUUUUUUAUUUAAGAACGACUGGUGAAAUUACUUUCAAAAAUACAGUAGAUUACGAAGAAAAAACACAAUACAUCCUUACAAUUAAAGCAACUGACAAAGGAGAUGAACCAAAGAGUUCUAAUCCGGAUGCAGUUGUUACAAUUACGAUUACUGACAUGAAUGAUAACGCUCCGGUAUUUAAUCCGAUAAUGUAUGAAAAGUCUGUAUCAGAAAGUGAAGAAUCUGGAUUUGUUGUGGAUACAGUAAAAGCUACAGAUACUGAUAGUGGUUCCAACGGAAUGAUCAUGUACACCAUCACGGCUGGUAAUGAAGACGACAAAUUUGCAAUUGAAGAGACAAACGGUGUUGUAACGCUGAAGAAUUCGCUAGAUUUUGAAAGCAAGACCUAUUACGAACUUACUGUUCGUGCUACCGAUAAAGGUGCUCUAACCAAGCACUCAAAUCCGGAUGCAACAGUCAAAAUCGCCGUAACCAACGCUAAUGACAAUGCACCAAAAAUAAAGGAAGAACCAUACAAUCCGGAUAUUUAUGAAAACGUUAACGAAGGCACUGUGGUGACAGCGAUCAUAGCCACAGACUCUGACAAUGACAAACUAACAUAUAGCAUAACAACUCCUAAUGUACCAUUUGUUAUUAAUGAAGAAACCGGUGUUAUAACGACGAAUGGUGAUAUUGAUCGUGAAGCUACCGCUAAAUAUACCAUUACUGUCGCUGUUUCUGACGGGAAACACACAGUAGUGACUGUCGUGAUGAUAACUAUCAAGGAUAAAAAUGACAAUGCUCCUGUAUGUGGUAACGUUUCUGAAGACGUUCCAGAGAAUCGCGCAGUAGGCGAAAUUCUUGCUACUCUCAAAGCUAAAGAUGAAGAUGCUGGAGUCAACGCUGAAUUAAUGUAUGAAUUUACGACAGGAAAUGAAGAUAAUAAGUUCGCUAUGAAUAUGGGAAGUGGUGUAGUAACUUUGAUUGAGGAAUUAGAUUUUGAAAACACGACGUCCUAUACUUUAACUGUCAAAGUAACUGACAAGGGAACACCAUCAUUACACACCACCUGUAUAGUUUUUGCUCAUGUCAAAGAUGUCAAUGACAACGACCCGGAAGCACAAGACAUCACUGUUACCAUACCUGAGAACAGACCUGCUCCAGGAGGGGAAGUUACUCAAGUCACUGCGUCAGAUGACGACUCAGGUGUUAAUAAAGAGUUGAUGUUUAUGAUUACCAAAGGAAAUACAGAAGAUAAAUUCGUCAUCGAUGAGAACACUGGAGAAAUAACAGUCAAGAAUACAUUAGAUUACGAAACUACAAAGCAAUACAUACUUACAGUUACUAUUUCGGACAAAGGUCAACCACCACGAUCAACAUCUAUCCAAGUUACAGUCAAUAUACUUGAUAUCAACGAUAAUGCACCAGUUUUUGUUGAGCAGAGUUACAAACAAACAAUACCAGAAACAACGGCCUUAGCAACAAUCGUGGUUUCUGUCAGUGCUAACGACGCUGAUUCCGGUGACAAUAGCUUGUUUAAAUACAUGAUUGUGAGCGGAAACCUUGAUGCUACCAGCGAUGGUAUUCCUGACUUCCGAAUUGACGAGAAUGGCGAUAUAAUUGUUGCCAGUCCCCUGGAUGCAAGUACACCAAAAUAUGUAUUGGAAGUGAAAGCAACCGAUAUUAAAGGACUUCAAUCGUCACCAAACACAAUUGUAACCAUAUAUGUCACCAAUGUUAACGUGCCACCAAGAUUCACUAAUGAGCCAUUUGAUGAGAAAGUAUCGGAAGGUGUCGGUAAAGAUACAGCCGUCAAAACAAUAACAGCUACUGAUCCAGACGGUGACAAGCUAACUUUCUCUUUAAUUACAACAAGUGUUCCAUUUGAAAUCAAUCCAUCAACCGGUGUUUUAUCAACAAAUGGACACCUUGAUCGUGAAAUGAAACCAUCCUACACUCUAACUGUCUCAGUUAACGAUGGAAUGGUUGCUGUUACUACAACAUUUGUCGUCACUGUUACCGAUGAGAAUGAUAACGCUCCAAUAUUCCCUAGCCUUUCGUACGAGGAAACACUUCCAGAAAAUACUUUAACAAAUCAAGUUGUAGUUAGUGUGGAGGCUAGUGAUGCUGACGAAGGACAAAAUAGGGAAAUUAUGUACAGAAUUACGGCUGGAAACGAAGAAGGCAAAUUUGAAAUCGAUAUGACCAGUGGUAUGAUUUAUUUAAUCAACCCUCUUGAUUUCGAAACAACAACUUCUUAUUCACUAAAAGUAAAAGCGACAGACAAAGGAACACCUGCAAAAUAUUCCGUCGUCGACGUUAAGAUUUAUGUCACUGACGUCAAUGAUAAUGAUCCUAUUUUUGAACCAAUUAUGUACGCCGCAACUUUCUCAGAAUCUGUUGCGGUUGGUACUGAGGUAACUAAAGUCAAAGCAACUGAUACAGACAGCGGUCAAAAUGGUGAAAUCAUGUACGAAAUAAUAUCGGGAGACGCUACAAAGUUCUAUGUCGAAAUGGAAACCGGAAAGGUUACAGUCAAGGAAAGAGUGGAUUUUGAAACUCAAACGUCAUAUACACUAACAGUUCGUGCAACUGACAAGGGUCAACCGUCAAGACAUUCAAAUCCAGAUGCUAUUGUUAAAAUCACACUCCAAGACGAUAACGAUAACUCUCCUGUAUUCGUAAAGGAAAGCUACGUUAUCAACAUCCCAGAGACAACACCUAUCGAAACUGUCAUUGUGACAGUUGAAGCUACAGAUAAGGAUUCAGGUUCAAAUGGUAUGAUCAUGUACACCAUUAAAAGUGGAAAUGGCGCUUUAGACUUCACUAUUGAUAUGACAAGCGGUGAAAUUAAAGUUGCAGAUAAGCUAGACGUCACCGACAUUAACAUGUACAAUUUAAUUGUUACUGCUACUGAUAAAGGUCAACCAGCUAAAUCUACAGAUAUUUUCGUUAAAAUAACUGUUAAUGAUGUCAACCAAUCGCCUGUCAUUACACAAGCACCUGCAAAGGAUAUUUUGGACAACACACCGAUUGAUGACGUAGUCCUGAAUGUUGUUGCUUCUGAUCCUGAUAUUGGUACAAAUGGACAGAUCAUGUAUGCAUUGACGGAGUCAAGUGACGAGUUUAGAAUUGACAUGAAUGAUGGGAAAAUCUACGUUAAAUCCGCCUUGACCACUGCAACCACAAUUCAAUAUGUACUCAAAGUUAAAGUCAGCGAUAAAGGAAAUCCAUCAUUAUCUGAUACUGAAAAUUUCAUCAUCAAUGUUAUUCCAUCAAACCACCCUCCAUCUAUUACACCUCAGAAUCCAAUUUCUGUACGUGAUGAUACAGCUAUGGGUAAUACCAUCACCACUGUGAUAGCCAGUGAUUCAGACGAAGGCGAUAACGGUGUCAUCAUGUAUGCCAUCACCGGUGGAAAUACUAAUGAAGCCUUUUCCAUAGACAUGAAUACUGGAAAGAUCACGUUGUCAUCGAGAUUGAGUGCUGCAGUUCAAAAUGUAUAUACUCUGAUUAUCACCGUCACGGAUAAAGGAACACCUUCUCUUAGCACGAUUGGAUCCAUCAUAAUCAACGUAACACCCGUAUCCAAACCAGAGUUCUCAGAUAUGCCAGUUAAAUUAUGCGUAAAGGAAAAUCUACCAGCUGGAACACACGUUUUUACUGCUCAUGCAGUUGACAAAGAUAACGAUCCACUUACUUACUCUCUUGCACCUAAUACGGUCCCAUUUAGUAUCAAUCCAAACACAGGAGAAGUCAAAACCAAAGCUUCGUUUGAUCGUGAAAACAUCGAUAACUACAGUUUUGAAAUUAAAGUAUCUGAUGGAACAUUUGUUGUUUCAGCAAGUAUCAGUGUGUGCGUUGAAGAUGAAAACGAUAACGGUCCAACUGUCGUGCAGCCAGAAGUUGGAGUUGUGUGUGAAAAUGCAAAACAAGGAAAAGUUGUCAUUUCUAUAACUGCAUUUGAUGCUGACCUUAAUAGUACUCUGAGCUAUAGCCUAUCUGGAACUGGUUCAAACUUCCCAUUUUCAAUUGAUAACUCAGGACACAUCAAACUGUCUGGUGCCAUUGACUUUGAAAAGAAAACAACAUACACGUUUGAUGUAAUCGUUUCUGAUGGAAAGCAUAAAGCUGUCGUACAUGCCAAGAUCGAAAUCUGUAACAUCAACGAACAUCGACCAGUUUUUAAGCCAUGUAUGUAUAGUGUUACAAUCUCUAGUGGCGCAUCCGUUACAACACAACUGGUAACAGUAAAAGCUACAGACAAAGACGCUGGACGAGCUGGCAUGAUAGUGUACAAGAUAGUCAGUGGUGACACGAGCUUGUUCGAAGUUAACCCAAUCACUGGUAAAGUUUCACUCAAAAAGGUAAUACACACUGACGUUGUCAAAACCUACACCUUGAUUGUGAAAGCAAGUGACAAAGGACUGCCAGUAUUAUCAUCCAAACCGAAUGCAAGAGUAACCAUAAUAGUUAAGCCAGAUCCAUUAUGCACAUGUAAUCUGAAAACAUUGAACUACCCAUGCUUGCAGUGGACAUUGACAAAUAUCAAAUAUAAAUUUUCUGGACAUUCCAUUGUGGUGAAACUACAAAAGGCUAUUGAGUACGUUCAAGGUAAAAUCAAUGCGAUCUUGAAGAUGAAACAAGGAUAUAUCGCAUGCAGCAACAAAAUCAAGUCGCACGUGACAGAAUGCAAGAAGCAAUAUCCGGUGAUGAAAUUGCUCAAGGGAUUCUGUACUUGUGACAAGCAUGUCCUCACUCUCCAAACUUGGAUAACGUCUUUACAAAAGAAGAAGGCGUCCUUAGAAAAAGAAAAAGCUUGGUACACCAAUCCGAAACGAUGCGAGUGUCAUUGUAAAUGCAAAUGUGCCCGUGGUCAUACGUACUAUGGAAAUUAUAAUUCGUGGAAUGCAGGAUGCGGAUGUCGCAAGGGUGAUUAUUCUGGCUGCAACUGUAACUGCAACCACUACAAACCUCGACGAACCCGUCCUUCGUAUUAUUCGUAUUAUGGUUAAAAAACGAAAAUAAAAUGAAACACAAUGAAAGGAACUUUUUUUUACAUUUUUUAAGUAAUAAUUUAAUUGUAAAGGUAUCUUUUAUAUUUUUAUUGGUUAAUAAUAUAUGUUAUUGUAUUGUGCAUUCUCUGGUUAGAAUGUACCACACUUCAGCAACUGGGUUGUUAUUUUAAGCAAAGGAAUAUUUUUGUAUUGAAAUUUUGUUAUAAUUUUUUUUAUUUAAUAAAUAAUUGCGUUUCGGUGAUUUUUUUAUUAAAUUUUUUCAUAUAUGUUUAAUUAGAAACGUAGCUACUUUUUUAUGUAUAUCAAAAAAAAAAAUGAAAAAUUAUUUAUUUUUUUGACGAUAAAUAUGUUUUUAGAAUCUACUUUUGUUAUUGGUUACGGAAUUAAAAUAUCGUAUUUAAUUAAUUCUUUUCGUUUUUAUUUAUAUGCAUCGUAAAACCUAAUCCCUUAACUGGUUGUUAGCGCGUGGAAAUGUCACAGGGGAUCACCCGUCGUACAUGUUAACCGAAUCGUUCUUUCGUGCAUCCUUACCCGCUUUUAGCACAAAGUAAUAAAAUUUACUUGGGCGGGGGUUAUUGCUAUGAUUAUAGGUGCGAUUGUAAUAACGUUUUGGAUUGCAAAACCUCCGGUUUUCGAAUUGGCUUCCAGAUACCAAGUAUUAUUAAAGUGAAUUUAACACUUUGUUGAUACAAAUAAAUAGAAUAUAGUUGUAAAAGAAAAUAUUGGUCCAAAAUUUCAAGUUCUUUUCCUAACCCCUUUUUGUAUUUAUUUAUUUAUUUAUUUUAAUUUUCAUAAGAUUCUUGCACUGUAUUUAAAACCUUGGACGUACUGAUUGUUUCUAUAAUGUACUCUGCCUUACAAAACAGACGCAGUAAAGCCUUCUCCUUUAAGGCUUUCUAUUUCUUUUAUUCUUACCAUCAAGAUUAGACUACACAAAACUUUGCUAAUAAUAAGAAUGGAAGAUGCUCACCAGGGUUAAUAAUCUUAAUAAAUAAAAAUAAAGACAACCGUCGUUUAAAUGGAAAAGAGCUGCUAUGCCAAUGCAAUCCA